UCCCCUCCCCUCCUCUCCCCCGGUCACUCCCUCUCCCCCGAGCCCCGCAAUGCAGCCGCAGUGGGGCCCUGCGGGAAGCCCGUCUGGCCUGCGUGGGGGAGGAGGGUGGUGGCAUCCCCCUGGAUCUCUGCUAAUAGUCGCCGCUUUGUUUUUGUACCAGGCGCGCGUGACUAUGACUGAGGGCGACAGCCUCAUCUCUGUGGACUAUGAAGUCUUUGGGAAGGUCCAAGGAGUGUUCUUCCGCAAGUACACCCAGGCUGAGGGUAAGAAGCUGGGGCUGGUUGGCUGGGUCCAAAACACCGAAGAUGGCACUGUGCAAGGACAAAUCCAAGGUCCCAGUGUCAAGGUACGGGAGCUGCAGGAAUGGCUCAGGAAGACAGGAAGCCCCAAAUCCCACAUCAACCGAGCAGAAUUCCGCAAUGAGAAGAAGAUUGUUGCACUGGAGUACAGGAACUUCAGCAUUGUGAAAUAACUAGACUGAAAGACAGAAAGCACUGAGGAGGGAGUUGAGCUCUCAAAAACUUCCCCACCAACCUUUACUUGUUCAGUCAGAUAGUGUCCAAAAACAGAGAGCCCUUAGUUUUAUCUUGUUACUGUUCUAAUUUAUUGUCUGUUUGUUAUCCUAUUUAACCCUGAACCUUCCUGAAUGCCAUGGGCAGGAAAACAGGCAGACUGGAGGGUCAGACUGCCUUUAAUAAAGGGAUUGUUUGGAAACCCAA